UUUUUAGGUUUUUUAUUUUACGAAAAAAUGUCUUCAGAUUAAUUUUUUUCCGGUUAUCCAUUUAAUUAUUUGGUUCGUUGAUAAUCAUGUCAGCUAAACGUGGUAAUAAAAAACAUAUGGCUCCAUUGAGUCAGGAUUUCUUUGCUCUUGGUGCCACUUCUUCGUCAUCAACAAGUCAGGUAAAAUUGCCGGCAAAACGUAAUGAACCAUUUCAAGCGCCAAUAUCAUCAAUGUCUCCGAAGCGUCCGAAACUUAGUUCUCCGAUUUCACAAUCAAUGGUUGUAUCUUCGGUUCAACAGCAACAGGCACCAUCCACAUCGAAACUUCGAUCAUGGGAAGAAAAAGCAAUGAUAGUACCUACAACCGAAUUGAAAGAUAAAAUCCUGCAAUUCGAUAGUGAAUCCGAUUCUGAAGAAAUGAUUGAGCGUUUACUGUGCGGUGCAGUGAAACAAUUACGUGAACAAAAAACAAAGCCGGAUUCAUGUUUAGUUUUUACGUUGCUAUAUCUUGCUAAAAUAAGGCCAUUAUUCUUCUGUUCAAACAUUAUUGUCGAAGCAUUUGCUUCAUUGUUGCGACGUGAACAUUUGAUUCAUUUCAAAUCGAAAAACAAUAUGGUUCCAGUAUUACUUAUUAAUCUUUUUUAUCAUGCAUUUCAUGAUGAAAAUUCAUGGCCCGAAUUAUUUAUACGUUUGUAUGUUGAAGAUUCACUUGGUGAUAGAAUAUGGGUGGAUAAUGAAGAAUGUAAAGAUUUUGUCGAAAUUAUCGUUGCAUCUUUCCGCACGAAAUUACCUCCAAAAUCUUUGCUGCAAACUUCGGAUGUUUUGAACAUAACAUCCAAGCAUCAAAUGGAAAACUCUCCAAUUCUUUCUCUUGGUUCAUCUUCGGUCGGUGAGGACAGUGUGGGUGAAGAAUCUUGUUCGUCAACAACAUCGUUAUAUUGUGAACAAAAUCGUGAAACUGGUCAGCAAUCAAUUACAUCCAGAUAUUUAGAUAAUGAACAAAAAAUCAUUCAUUAUGUAUUCGAAGUAAUCAAUGAAAAUCUAUCACGAAGACAAACCAUAAGUGAUAUUAGUCGUAAUAUGCUCAAAUUAUUGAUAGCAACAGCAGGCUUACGGAAUGUUCGUUUAUUGGUUGCACAAAAACUUGAAUUAUGGUUUCAGAAUCCUAAACUUUCAAGACCGGCACAGGAUCUUCUACUCACUAUAUUUUUGAAUUGUGAUGAUAAAGAUGUUGAAACAUUAAAUUAUUUGCUCAAAAUUCGUUUGAAACAGAAACCGUUUAUCAGUCAUUUUUGUGUUUGUUUCAAAGAAUUGCUACAACAAAAGAAUGGAACAUUCGAUAUUGUAAUGAGAAUUUUGCUCACCAACGAACUAUCCGGUAUUCGUAAUCUGAACAACAUUCAAUUGCUUUCCAUAAUGUUUCAACAGAAUUCAUCAGAUGCUCCAAAAAUUUUGGCCGAAUUUUUCAUUUCAAGGAUUUUUACCAAAGAAGAUCAUCUGCGAAUAUUGCGUUCUCUUCUUCGUGAAAUUGUUCGAUCAUUAAAAUCUGAACCGAUGGAUAAUUCUCUUUUUGUUACCUCAUUGAUCUUUGAAUCUCAACGUAUCAUGCUGGAUAACAACAUUAAGAUAGAUUUUUCACGAGAAAAAGUAAUCAAUGAAGUUGUCGAUAUUAUAACAAUGACCAUAUUCUUAUCGGUCAAUCAAAACGUUCGCGAAUCUUUUGCACGUCCUGAACGUAAGGAAAUAAUUCGAUCAUUUCAGCAGAAUAUCUCACGUAUACAAAGCAAAACAAUUGAAUGGAUCAAGGAAAUUACUUAUAAUAAACUUGGUCUUGGUGAUAAAGAAUCAUUGUUACGAAUUCUGCGUAAAUUAUUAAUCCUCGAACCAAUGGAUUUUUAUUGUCAACUCGAUAAUUGGCCACAAGAGAACGAACGUCUAAAUAUUUAUCGAAUAACUAGCGAAGGAAUUCCAUUGGCCGAAGAAUCAAUAACGAAUAUCCUAUCAAUGGGUUUUCAUCGAGAAGUUGCCCUUUCACAACAAGAUGGUUUUGAACUUAUUUGGACUUUAAUACAUCAUGCAACUAUGAAUUUUGAUGGCGAUAUGAAUCAUGAGGUGUUAAGGUUCAAUGAUCUUAAAAUAAUAGAUAUGCUUUUCAGUUGUUGUGAAUAUGUAUGUCCGGAUAAUGCUCCAUUGCCGGAAAAUUAUAUGCCUCCCAAAUUAGCUCGUGUCGAUCUUUAUUGGAAAGUUUGGUUCAUGUUGGUAAUCAUUGCCGCUCAUCUGCCAGUGACAUUCGGUAAAUCGAUAUGGAAUGCAUUCCCUACAUUUCAAGCAUUAAUCGAAAUGACCAUAACAAAUUGUUUUCAAUUUCCACCGAGAAGCAUGGAUAAUGAUGAAAUGCAAAACAAAAUUCUGCAAUAUAAUCAGCUUGAAAAGAUGAGAAUUCUCGAAUUUGAAUCCUAUUUGGCACGUGAUCAAGAAAUUAAUGAAUCUAAUAGUUAUUUGAUUUCAUCGUUAAUAACAUUGGAUCCAUGUUCUAUACCACGUCGGCCACCUAAUUCUAUAUUGAAUGAUUACAAAUUAUUAUGUACGAGCAAUACAAAUUAUCGUUUGUGCCAUCUUCUAUGUCAAAGUCGUGACCCAGAUUUUCUAUUGAUGAUCAUCGAUAAACAACAAAAUCAUAGUUCUGGUUCACAAUUUUAUCAUUCAUCAUUGAAUUGGUUGAUUGAUCUGGUUGAAUCAUAUGAAAAUAAUUAUGGUCUAUUACCUGUUCAAUGUUUAUGUGAAUUUCUGUUGAAACAGAUUGCCGAAGAAACAAAUGUACAAUCUGCAAAUACAGCCGAUUUAAGUAAACCGGAAAAAACAAAAAAGAAAGAUAAACGUCGAAAAUUAAUCCGUUUGAUUGCCUAUUUUCAGGAUGAUAUUAUUCAAACUGCAAACUCAGGAAAAUUAAGUAAUGCAUUUGAAUAUCUGAUUCGUCAUCUAAGCCAUCCACGUUCAACUACACGAAUGUUUGCGUACAAAGCAUUAUAUGUGAUUGUAUCGACAAAUGUUGGAAAAUACCUACAAAUGUUGGAUGAUAAUCUAAUGCCUUCAUUGUUUGUCAAUGAAUCUAUUGAUUGGUUUCGUACAAAUCUAAUAAAGUUUCUAAAAUCUGAUCUUCAAAUUCAAGCCAUGUGUGCUGCAUUAAAUGUCGCAAUAUCGGAAGAAUCAAAUGCAUCGCUUAUCUGUGAAUAUUUGGAAUUCAUAGCCGAAUUUGUCAGAAAUCCAGAUGAAAUUCUUCUUCAAAAAUGUUCAUUAUUAUUGAUUAAACGACAAAAAAUCGCUAUGCAUAUUGUUAAAUAUUCGGAUCAUAAAUUUAAGCAAAGAUUUCUUCAUUCUUUAUUUAAAAUUUAUUGGCUUCAUUUGGAAUCAUUAAUGACUAAUAAACAUCAAAGUUCAAUUCGACCUAUGGAAGGAAAAAAAUAUGUCUAUUUAAAAUUGCCCAACAUUGGCCAACGAAUUAUGAUCGAUUCUGAAUUAAUUUAUUCAAUAAUUUUAUCAUUAUCAUUUGUCGAUGAUGAUUUUGAAUUUUCAGAUUAUUAUGAUAAUCUUGCACAGCAUUUUCUUGAUGAACCAUAUCCACAGAUAUUUGCCGAACCCGAAAUGAAACAACCAGAAUCGCUUAUACCUGAAUGGCUUCUAUCUCGGCUACUAUCAACUGAAUCGACAAAAAUUGUUGCCCUAUUGUUAGAAAAUGUAAAAAUUGAAAAUAUUAUUCCUCAUCUAAAUUCAUAUGGUCUAUCUGCCAUUGUUUUACAGUCAGUAUUGCAAGCAUUAGAUAAGCUAAGUGCUGCUGAAUCGAGGGCGAUCAAAAAUUUAAAUUUUGAUCGAUCAAGUUUAUUGGCUGCUUUCCAUGUUUUCUGGAGUAAAAAUAUCACCGUUGGAUAUAAGUUUGCAAAAGGUCAUCUUAAUUACAAAGCGGGUAGUGAUGAAAAUGAUGAUAUAGAAAUCAAUGAAUUGCCAAAAAAACGUGAUGAUCGAUCACAGGAAUCAUGUCACCAAACGUUCCGCAAAGAUGAUGUUAUCAAAAUGUUUCAAGAUAAAGAUUUCAUACGGUUGACAUUUCUUACGAGGCUUAUCGUUGCCGAACUUAAUGAUCCAUCAGUGAAAACGAAAAAAUUGACCAAACAAUUUUUAGCUGAAUUUUCCAAUUUAAUCGAAGAUAUAACUGAAAAUAUAAUGAAUGGAACGUUCAAUUCAAUUUUCAAUGUAAUUAUUAUCUCUGCCGUUAAGGAUAGUAAACAUUUUGGAUUGAAUUCCGAAUUAACAAACAUAAAAAAACAAUUACUUUCACUUGAGCUGGAAAAUAUUGAAUCGACAAUGCUUUGGAAAUGUUUUGAUCGUUUUUUACAUAAAGAUGGUACAAAAACAAAAAAAUCUAAAUUGAAGAAGAAAAAAUUGCCAUCAUCUUUAAAAUCGACCAAAGCGCUGGAAGAAUUUUUGCAAAAAACUGAUCGUAUUAAAGCACAAAAUCAAGAUAAAUGGAUGGAUAUCUAUAUGGAUCUGGCCAUUGAUAAAUAUUAUCGAAAAGAUAUUGAUUCGGAAAAUUUUAGUUCACAUCUGCAAACAGUCAUUUUUUCACGAAAUCGUCCAUAUUUUCUAUCGUUAUUAUUACAUAAAUCUAAUUUUUCAACUCUUAGUGAUUGCAUUUGUUUUAUAUUGAAUCCUGAUUCACAAUUGAAUCCAACGGCAGUAUUGGAUUUCCUCGCCAUUUGUAUUGAAUUACCAAAACUAUGGAUUGGUCGUGAAAAUGAUUCGCAAAAAGUGCAAAAAUAUGAAGAUGUACUUGAUUUAAAUCGAAUACAGAUAGAACGUCUCAUUAAUUUUGUUCUUGAAGAGAAUGAUGUAUCAAAUCGUAUCGAUCUGAUCAUGCGUACUUGUUGUAUUACAUCAAAUAAAACGGAAAUGGUCAUUCGUUUUCUCAAAAAUUCUCAUCAAGAAUCUAUACGAAAUGAAUUGUUUGCUCGAAUUUAUCUACAGAUACCUAGUAUAGGAUUAGAGCCAAAAUUGUCUGAUGAUCAUGUUCGUAUGAUACAAAAGCUACCAAGUUUUAUGGAUAAAAUCACUCAUAAUUUAAUAACAUCGUUCAUGUAUGUCGAAACUAAUGGACCACAAGUAGCAGCACAACAAUUUAUUUAUUGGAGUGAUGCUUUACUUAAGAUCGCCUCUGAACAUCCAUUAUUAUUUAUACGACAGUUGCCAAUGAUACCGGCUAUGCUUCGUGGUAAAGUUAACGUUGUACACUAUGAUAUCUUUAAAAGUUUGAAUUUGUUGAAAAUAUUCAGUAAAUUAUUAAACAUUCUGAAUCUUCUUCGACCAUGGCUAUGGAAUCGUAAUGUUAGAGAUGUGAAAUAUUUAUUAGAUCUUUAUAUGGAUAUGUUCAUCUCGUAUUAUCAGCUACCACGACAACAAGAGUCUAAUCAUGAAUUACAAUCAUUAAUCGUUCAGUUUUUACAUCUGAUAGAUGAUUGGAAUAAACAUGAUUCAGAACUAUCUAGCCAUUGGAUUCAAAUGCAUAGGAAUGACUUUAUCGAAUUAUCUAUUGCAUAUCCAAAUGAAUUGAAUUUAUUCCAAUCAAUUAUGUCCGGUGUACCGUUGCCAAAUGAAACUCAAUUCAUCAAAGCAAGCCAAGAUUAUCGUUCAUUAGAAAUUAAAUUGAAAUCGCCAACUCGAUUGUCUAAUGAAAUUAUAGCAACCACGUUGAGUGAAAUAAAUCGAUUAGUGGAUAAAUAUCCAAUAUUAGGUGAAAAUUUUCUUAAUUCGAUACAAUCCUAUUAUUCGAAUCCAUAUUUUUGUGAACUUUCAUUUACAAUCACAUUGAAAACAUUACAAACAAAUCCAAAUCUUGUACGGACAAUCAUAUUAUCGUAUGUCAAAUGUUUACACGAUGAAUCAGCUACAGUAACAAAAAAUGCAUUGGCCAUCAUACCGGAAUUCGUUUUAUUGGCUCAAGAUUACCGUUAUCUUUUGUUGCGGGAAGUUUUUGAUUUGGCAAUUAAAGGCAACUCUACUGCAACUUCUACUCUUAUCGAAAGUUUUCGGGCUUUGAAUUCACAGAUCGGCUGUUGAAAUCUUAUGAUUUGAACAUGAUUUUUUUCUCAUUAAAAUUCUGUCAAUUUUUGUCAAAUUAUUGUAUGUACGCAAAUGUACAAUUUCGAAACAAUUUUUUUUUUGUAUUUAGAUAAUAAUUAUAUCGACU